AUGAACAAGUUUCGCUCGGGCCGCAAAUGGCUCAAAGGAAAACUGCGAGGACGUCUCCAAAAAGCUCCUGAGGAGAGAAAACUCAUCAUAACGUUGACGGGUACUAGCAUCCGAGAUGGACCCUUUCCUACACAACACUUGCUGAUGUAUGUCCCCCUCAGAAAUGCGAUACUCGUGGAAAAGGCUCGAGAAGAUGCCCAAGCGAUGCACAUUGCCUCGAAAACACAGCCCCUAGAGAACACAGCUGGAUAG